AUGAGUUAUAUUAAAGUUCAAGCAAGAAACCAUGAGAUUUGCUCGUUUUCACCUCCCAGUAGGAAUGAAGUUCGAAACAAUAAUUAUCAGAGAAGAUGCUACCAAAAGCAAUCUGAGGGAUUAUAUGCCCCUAUUAAUAAGCCCUACAGGGAGCUUGGUUAUCCUUUGAUAAUUGAAGCGCCGAAACUCGUAACCGAAAUACUUGGAUGUAUACCUCAGAGGCCUAAUUUACUAUAUGGUUAUGAAGCAGAUGAAAGUAGUAGAGGUGUUGAAAAUCAAAAUGAAGAGCUGUUAAAGGAUAAUUUAAACACACUUGUAUUGACAACAGUACUAUCAGUAUCAGCUUACAUGAAAAGAAGACGUAAACGUGGUUUAAUCGAUUUCAAAAAAGUCAUUCAACAAUCAAAUAAUAUUACGAAUUGUGUAAAAAAUGGUCGAAGUUUUUUUGGUUUAUUAAAUCAAGAAAUUAUUCAGAAGGUACAUAACUUUUGGGAAUUACAUAAUCGUAUAAUUGAAUCUAGAAAAAAUCGAAUUGCUCCUCCAAUUCGUAUGUACACACCGAAUACAACAACAACAACAACAACAGGAAUUACAACAGAACAAAAUGCUUCAAAUAAUGAAACUAACGAGAAGUCAGCUGAUGAAAUCGAUGAAGAUAUUCUACUGGAUGAAGAACCAGAAAUACGUAAAUUAAUGAGUAAUUUAAUCGCUGCUGGAUGUAAUUUAAAUGAUCUACUGGGCAAUGCGUCACAGCAGUCGGCAGAGAGCAUAGAAAGGAAUACUGACUAUUCAACUUUGACAAUAGAACGGCGACGUCAUAGACAAUUGAGGCUGUGGUUUACAACAGAAGCAGAAAGACCAUUUACACCUAAAUAUUUUAAUAUAUGUCGUCCAAAUUUUAUCGAUGAACUGAAACGACUGAACGAUUCAGAGAAUAGUGAUACGUAUAAACUAUUGCAUACGAAGAAUGAUAAACAAACUGGAAAUGGAGCAAAGAAUGAAGGGACUGGUGAGAAUGCCAACGAUGGCGAUGGCGAUGACGAUAGGGAAUUAUAUUUUGAUACUCUCUGUGAACUUAUAUAUAUGCAGCUGUGUUGUGUUCUAUGGUUAAUGGAACAGAUGUAUACCUCAGGAAACUCUCAAGAAACUGAUCCAAACUGGAGGCCAAUAUCUGCAAGUUGGAAAUUCAAUCCGAAUAAUAAUGCGAGUACAGAAGUGAAGACGUCAAGCGAUCAACCAAGUCAUCCUGAUCAAAUUUGGUAUAAUUUUAUUUAUGAUACAAAUAGUAGCAGUAGUAGUGGUAAGCAGAUGAAAAUGAAACCACGAUUCCGGAAUGUUAGUUCAGCGCAUAGUUUAGCCUCUAUACAAUCUGGAACACAAUCAUCAGGUCAAAAGUGUACAACUCCACUUUCAGCUUUCAUUAAAUCACAAUCAAUGAAAAGAAUGUCAAGAUCCGUUGCUGAAUCAAUCGAUGAACUAUCUGAGGGUGAAUCGAUUCCAUUAUCAAAAUCAGAAGAACGCUUGAAUUUUUCAUCAAUAAUGACUAGUCAAGAGGGGAUUAAUCCUUCAUCAACAUCACGAUCAUCAAUUUAUAAUCAAAAAUUGCUUGGUCUUUUCUCAACUGCUGAUGAUACGUCGACACUAACAAAUCGACGAUGUGUACAAUUCAUGAAAAAAUCAAAUAUGCCUAAACAAAAUGAAAACCAAUGGGUUAGUUUUAGAAAUCAAAUUCAGAAAAUGUCACGUGAAACUCUGAAAGAAAUUGCUCAUCAAAUAGAAGUCGAUAUGGAUAAAGAAACCAUGAAAGAGGCGGAAUCACGCCUAACCGGUAGAGGAGUGGUUGCUUCAAAAACAAUUAAGAAAAGACCCUUUACUACUGGUAAUUUAAAAGAAAUACCCAAAGAAUUUACAAGUCAUAAAUUAACCAACCUAAUCGAUAAUGUACGAAGCCAGCUGUCAAUCAUAACGGAUGAAAAGAGUAUUGAAUUAGAAGAUCGUUUAGAAUUUAUGAAAAGAAUACGACCAGAAAUAUGUUUAACAAAAUAUCAGAAUAUCCCAAUUAAAGGACAUACACACAUUGCUAUGAAACGUAUGCAUAAACUGGCACGUUAUGAUAAGGCGGCUAGUGAGCUAGCUCGUAAAACUGCUGAGAAGAAAGAAUUAGCACCUUGGUAUGUGGAUUUGUUAAUCGAUUUGGCAGAAUUAUUAAAUGAGCACAAAAUUAAGUAUGUUCUGUCAAAACUUAAAAGUUAUGCUCAAUUAUCACCGAGUCAAUUCACUGUGUUAUCGUUCACACGUGUUCUUCAGUCUCUCACCCUAUGGGAAAUUCUCUUGCCAGCUACUACUGUCGCUAUUGAUUUUAUACGAAUGCGUGUUUUAGAUAUGUCAAUUGAAGAAUAUUUAGACUGGUUAUGUGAACUUUCUGCCGCUUUCUUUGUAUCUACCGAAAUAAUUAUGUCAAAUAAUAAACGACCUUCAUUUAUGGUUCAUGAUUUAUUACAACAAGAAACUGAUGAGACACAGACGUUAAAAUAUUGGCAGCUACAAGAGUUACUUGACUUUCAAACACAUAAAAAGUCUCUUCUUGAUCAGAGUAGCAAUAAUAAUUAUAAUAAUAAUGAUUGUAGAAUUAACCCGAACACAAAUAAUAUUGCUACUGCUACGUCUCUUAUUAACACUACAAAUACGACUACUGAUAUCAGUGAUAUAAGUAGUUUUUGUCCAAUUUAUCAUGAUAAAACAAACCUGUUCAAUGAUCAACAUUGUAAAUGGGAUACAGCAUCACAACGUUUCAACGUUUACACCAAUGACUGGAAUAAACAUCUUUCUGGAAUACAGCACAAAGAAUUUUUGAAUCGAAAGGACGAAGACGCUUCAGAUAAAUCCCUACUUAAACAAACAAUCAAUUCGCUUUAUAGUCAACACUUCCAGCUAACCGACGACGAUGACAAUCCCGAUGAAAUCAAUAAUAAUAAUAAUAAUAGUAAUAGUGAUAAUCACAAUAUGAUCAAUAAGAAAUUGCUGAAAAAAUCACGUAAAGCUCGUACAGCUUUUACAGAUUAUCAACUGACUGAAUUAGAGCAAAGUUUUGAUCGUCAAAAGUAUUUAGGUGUACAAGAUCGUAUGGAGUUGGCAGCCAGAUUGAGUUUAUCUGACAGACAAGUAAAAACAUGGUAUCAGAAUAGAAGAACAAAAUGGAAACGUCAAACAGCAGUUGGUCUUGAAUUGAUGGCUGAAGCGGGAAAUUUUGUCGCUGUCCAACGUCUUGUUGAACAAAGUCCAUUUUGGGCAUAUCAUCCAACGGUUAGAUAUAUUUUAUCUAAUAUUGAUUUUAUGCAUUCAUCUUCACUGACAUCUUCGACAUUGAAGACGACAACAACUACAAUACCAGCGCCAACGCCACUGCCAUCAGAUACAGUGACACCGGCAACAACACCAACAAUACCAGCAAUAAUCGCACCAAUGUCUACGGUGACAGAGACAGUUUGCCAGGGUUUGAAUUCUUCUCUUUCCAAAUUACCAAUACCAGCACCAUCGGAGAUGUUAGUACCAAGGACAACAACAACAACAAUGCCAGAAAUAUUGAAGCGUUUCAACACUGGUGAUCAUUAUCAACAGAUGCAAUAUUCUUGUUAUAUGACGCUGGACAAACACAGUAAAGUUCCUGAGAAGUUAACCCCAUCAAUGACAACGAUAACAACAUCAGUAUCAAAUUAUAUACAAGAGAGAUUAGGUAUUAGAUCAUUGUCAAGUGGUACUAGUCUCACUUCUACAACUACUGCUUCUAACAUAGUCUCUUCUCUCGGAUUAACCUCAUCCACCAAUUCGAAAACGAUUGUUUUAGGACAAUCAGAUAUCAGGCGACAAUUAUUACAUCCAUCUAGAGUUUCAUGGUCAUCUAAUCAUCCUGAUUAUUAUUAUUAUUAUCCCCAUCAUCAGUGUCAGUCUCGUGGAUCAGAUCACAAGACAGUUAAUAUUCAUGAUCCUUUAUUGUCGAUUAAAUCUUUGGAACAGUCAUUUCCUGGAGAUCAGUCACAUUUACAACGAACUCAGUCGUCGAUUUUGUCAUCACCGUCAUCGUCAUCGGCAUCCUUCUCAUCUUCUUCGUCUUCGAAGUCAUCAGUGGCGUCAUCGGCGCCUGUAGUAGUGGUGGUAGACAGAGCAGCAUCAAAUUCAUCUGCUUCGACUUCUGUUAUCUCACCAACAGAUGAUAGCGGUACACACGAGAUCUGAUAACUUGAAAUAGUUCCGCACACACACUCUCUCUCUCUUUCGAUUCGACUAUUUAUUCAUCUCUGCUUUCAGUUUUCCUGUGUGUGUGUGUGUGCCUGUGAUCGUG